AUAGUCCCAUGAUCCUAGGAGAGGGCAGGGGUGAGCCAGCCUGAAGAAACGGCAAGCAGAGCCCCAGAAAUAAACUGCAAAAUCCCUAAUGAUCCCAAAGUAUCUGCAGGAUGCAUCAGGCCUGCCUAGACAGUGCAGGGGUCCCCCUGAAUCCACCUCAAAUUCGGUUCCUGGUUGAGCUCCACAAGGUGACGUGGGCACUCCUCCAUCGACUUGGGAUUUUAUACUACGAUGGAGAGUGUGAGCAGCAAUAAGGGUCUUUCAUUGAGCUGUUGCCGGGUGAAACUACCUCUUGCCACGGAUCCCAUGGCUGCGAGGGAUUUCAGGGAACAAAAAAGACCUCAGGUAGGCUGUCCUCAAUCCAGGUUUUGGUUAGUGGCCUCAUUGUCGGGGCUGAGGCUGUUUGCACUUCGCAGGAGGCUUUUGGGUCCUCUGAGAGGAAUCCUUGAAUGUUACUUGGACUCCAGCACAAGUCCACUUGGAUUCAGAGUGCAAUUCCAGCAUGGGGGAUGCGGAGCACAGGAAUCAGAGUCCAGUACCAGCUUUGGGGAGAGAGAGCACCGGAAUCAUAGUCCAGUUCCAGCUUUCGGGAGGGGGAGCAGCGGAAUCAGAGUCCAGUUCCAGCUUUGGGGAGGGGGAGCACCGCAAUCAGAGUCCAGUUCCAGCUUUUGGGAGGGGGAGAACCGGAAUCAGAGUCCAGUUCCAGCUUUGGGAAGGGAGAGCACCGGAAUCACAGUUGAGUUCCAGCUUUCGAAAGAAGCACCAGAAUCAGUGUCUAGUUCCAGCUUUCAGGAGGGGGAGCACCGGAAUCAGAGUCCAGUUCCAGCUUUGAGGAGGGGAAGCACCGGAAUCAGAGUCCAGAUCCAGAUUUGGGGAGGUGGAGCACCGGAAUGGGGGUCCAGUUGCAGCUUUGGGGAGGGGGAUCACUGGUAUCAGAGUCCAGUUCCAGUUUUGUGUAGAGAAAGCUCCGGAAUCAGAGUCCAGUUCCAGCUUUGGGGGAGGGGAGCACCGGAAUCAGAGACCAGUUGCCCCUUUGGGGUGGGGGAGCACCGGAAUGAGAGUUCAUUUCCAGCUUUGGGGAGGUGGAGCACCGAAAUCAGAGUCCACUUCCAGCUUUGGGAAUCAGAGUCCAGUUCCAGCUUUGGGGGUGUAGCAAAGGAAUCAGAGUCCAGUUCCAGGUUUGGGAAUCAGAGUCCACUUCCAGCUUUGGGGGGAGCACCAGAAUCAGAGUCCAGUUCCAGCUUUGGGGAGGGGUAG